AUUCUGUAUGUCUCUAGGGGGGAGGGGGGAAGCUGGCUAUAGAACUUUAUUGUAUUUUCUGAUUGCCUCAUUUAUAUUGCCCCCAUGCCCUUCUUUGUUCCUAAAGUAACCAGAGACAGUGCUUCCCAGAACCAACCCUACAAGAAACAAAGGGACAAACAAAGCCAAAUGGGAAGCAGGAUCAUGGUUUGAACUCUUUCUGGCCAGAGAACAAUACCUGGUUCUUGGGGGCAGCCAAAAUGAGGUUUUUUGUCCCUCUGUUCCUGGUGGGCAUCCUGUUCCCUGCCAUCCAGGCCAAGCAAUUUACAAAAUGUGAGCUGUCCCAGCUGCUGAAAGACAUAGAUGGUUAUGGAGGCAUCGCUUUGCCUGAAUUGAUCUGUACCGUGUUUCACACCAGUGGUUAUGACACACAAGCCAUAGCUGAAAACAAUGAAAGCACGGAAUAUGGACUCUUCCAGAUCAGUAAUAAGCUUUGGUGCAAGAGCAGCCAGGUUCCUCAGUCAAGGAACAUCUGUGACAUCUCCUGUGACAAGUUCCUGGAUGAUGACAUUACUGACGACAUAAUGUGUGCCAAGAAGAUCCUGGAUAUUAAAGGAAUUGACUACUGGUUGGCCCAUAAAGCCCUCUGCACUGAGAAGCUGGAACAGUGGCUUUGUGAGAAGUUGUGAGCAUCUGCUGUCCUUGGCACCCCUGCCCACUCCACACUCCUGGAAUACCUCUUCCCUAAUGCCACCUCAGUUUGCUUCUUUCUGUUCCCCCAAAGCUUAUCUGUCUCUGAGCCUUGGGCCCUGUAGUGACAUCACUGAACUCUUGGGGACUAUUUUCCAGGGAUGCCUGGGUGGUGCACUGAGCUCUAGACCCUCGCUCAGUGCCCCUGAUGGCACUUUCACUACAGCACAGAUUUCACCUCUGUCUUGAAUAAAGGUCCCACUUUGAAGUCA